AUUAGUCAGAGUCUUUGAUGGGAAUUUAUCUCAUUCCCCAUUCAUUAUCGGGGCUGUUUAUAAAUACUGUUGACACAGAGACUUGAAUCAGUAAGAACGAGGACUCGUCCUUGGCUCAUACUCAGUAGAGACACUCCCUAUAAUGGGAGUCGUGAGCAAUGAACCUAAGCUGAUAAAACGGCUCUACAGCGGGGUUUACAUUACAGGAGAUGGUGACUGUUACAGAAAUGAAACUGGUCUACCAGGCGCUUCUUUGUAGUUCAUGUUUUCUGUCUGUUUUUUGUUGGAUGUCGAUCCCCAGAUUAACUUUGCGAGAAGAUAAUCAAAGUAAUCAUCUACACUAUAGCAAACAUGUUAACCAUACAGUUUUCUGCCUUCGAAAUGGAUCUGAGAGCCUGCUUUUGGGAAAACUAAACGAUGUUUUAGAGGUGAACGAUGUUGGUGUAGUAAAGAAUCUGAAUCUGAACCUGACAGAUAACUUUGGUGGUUCUUGUCAUGGGAGCUCUUGUGAAAACGUCAUAACUGUAAUUGAAGAAUUCCAGGACUGGCUUUUUGUUUGUGCAACAAAUGGGAAACAGCCAAAGUGCUGGAAGCUGGAUUCAAGAAUAAUCAAUGGCUCUAGUGUGGUUGUGGAAAGUAUUGAUGGCAUUGGCAUCUCACCUUAUACUUACUCCCAAAACUCUCUAUCGCUUGUAGUAGAUGGAGACAUUUAUGCUGCAGCUCCACUUUAUUCGGAUGGAACGUCACUACAGUUCCGCAGGCAUUCACGCAUCCAAAACAAUUUAUGGAUGUAUGAUCCAUGGAUUACAGAACCAACAUUUAUCUCAGCUUUUAUGGCCAGAAGACCUGGGGACCCACAGAAUGAGAAAAUCUAUGUUCUCUUUCGAGAGAAAAACUCAGACAUCAGUCCUGAAGCUGACCCCUGGAUCUCUAGAGUGGCCAGAGUAUGCAAGGUUGACCAAGGUGGGCCGAAGAGAAUUUUCCAAAACAUUUGGACAACAUUUUUGAAGGCACGCCUUGUGUGUGCGAUUCCUGGAGAGUCACUGUACUUUAAUCGUUUGCAAGACAUCUUUGUGCUACACUCUGAUAACUGGAAGGAAUCUCGGGUUUAUGCUCUUUUCUCAAGCAGCUGGAAUGCCACGGCUGUUUGCAUAUACUCCUUAGAUGAGCUUGAUGGUGUUUUUGAGCAUUCCAGUUUUAAAGGAUACAAUGAGGAAAUUCCCAACCCAAGACCAGGAACUUGUGUGAGUGACAGUAGGUCUCUACCAAACCCUCCUAUCCUUAUUGUUAAAAACCAUCCAGAGAUGACUGACUGGAUCCAUCCCAUUCAGAAACAUGUUCCAUUCUAUACCAGCAAUAAGAAUUACACCAAAAUUGCAGUGGAUAGUGUGCAUGCAUCAGAUGGAGAAAUGUACAAUGUAUUGUUGCUUGCUACAGACACUGGAAAGAUACAUAAGAUAUUGGAGCAUGAUUCCAAAGCCUUUAUAAUUUCUGAAACAAGUCUUUGUAAUGGAUCUGCUCCUGUUCUCUCAAUGAAACUACACUCUAAAAAGAGAAAGUUGUUUGUUGGAUAUCCUGGAAAAAUGUCUGUCUUAGACCUGCAGAAUUGCCACGUCUACAAUACAUCAUGUGAAGAUUGUGUUCUUGCCAGGGACCCAUACUGUGCUUGGACUGAAAAUGGAUGCACUUCACAAAUUAAAGGGGGAAUUCAAAAUAUUGCCACUGGUGAACCACAAAUAUGUUCCAGAUAUUCAGCUCUCAAAAGGCCCAAGCGGGAUGUAACAUUCUCAUAUCCAGCCCCUCCAAUAGUGCACACUGUGCCCAACGGUUUCCCUUUUUACCUUUCCUGCCCAAUUGACUCGCACCAUGCCACCUACAGCUGGAAGCACAGAGAUAAUCAGAGAAGCAUACCAUGUCAGAGAACUCAGUCUGACUGCCUCCAUUUAAUACCAGAUAUCCAUGAACAUGACUAUGGAAUGUACAACUGUGUGUCAAGGGAGCAUAACUAUGACAAAAUUAUUAAAGUAUAUAAAUUGCAUGCUCCAGCUAAGCCACAGAGCCUAAGCAAAGCUUUCAAACUCACAGCUCAGAAAGAAUGGCUGUUGGCUAUAUUCAUUGCACUUCUUUUCAGUGUACAGUAAUAUAAAUCAAUGGUUGCAUCGGAAAGCAAACAAGUUGCAAGCAAUCGUUGUAAAAAAAAAAGGCUGGAAACCAGACAAAAGUGUCUGUCAGUGGGUUUGGUGGGAUGGCAUAAUACCAGUGACAUUCCAUCUGUGAUGGCUGGGAUUUCCAGUAUUAAGGUUAACCAUCAAGUCUAAUUCUAAUAAGAUUAAUGAAACAGCUCAUAAUUAGGUUUGGUCUGAAUUAUAUAGCAGGGAGUUUAGUGCAAAUUGAGAUCAUUUAGUCUAAAAAGUUAUGCUCCUAAUAACAUUUCUCUUAUAAUAUUUUUGAAAAAUAUGUCUUAUUUAUUGGCUCUGUGCUGAGUUCCUCACCUAGGCUUAACAGUAGGUAAGGUCAUCUUUUUUGUUAGUUUCAAGUUAAAAUGUUUAAGCCAUUACACCUCUAAAUUGCUUAAACUUUUCUAAUAAUGUGAUUUAUACAUUUAAAAAAAUAUUUUAUUAUUUUAUUCAUAUUUUUAGAUUCCCCUUUUGGGCCCCAUGUUUAUUAAGGACCCUUGGUCUUAAGCUCUUUCCCUAACCACCCCUGAGUCCCUUAAUGCAUAUGUAGCAUUCUUUAUUCAUUUCCUUGCGUAGACAUGAAUCUACCAUGAAAAUCUUUUGUUUAAGGAUCUUGGGGGUGAGAUUUAAACAGCACAGUGUUCAGUGCUUCCUGCUGCUGCUGUAGAAUUAGAAUGUGAUGUACUGUAUGUACAGUCUAUAAAGUGAUGUGAUUUGGUAUGUAACUGAUACGAGUGAGCAUAUGUAGUGUUAUAAUGAGUAAUCCAUGUGGCAGAUCUGAUGGAAUUGAACAGUCAGUUAACUUAAUGUUUUUAAAAAUGGGCUGAAUUAAGAAGGACUGCGUGAUUUUUAUUGUUCAGACUGGAAGUAGGUGUCACCCAUCCUGGCAUAGGCUCUGAUGACAGAAUGGUAAUGGGGGAUAUAGGAAAGGGUGUGGAAUGAAGUUAAUCUGUUAGUUUUACUGCAGCAGCCACAGCCACACUGUUAUUACACCAGGGAUGUGCAUUUUAAUUAGAGAGUAUAUUUAUUUAUUUUACAAAACUUGUUUCUAAAGAAAAUGUUAAACUUUUAAUCUGGAUCCUGUGUGCUGUGUGCGUGUGUGUGUGUGUGUGUGUGUGUGUGUGUGUGUGUGUGUGUGUGUGUGUGUGUGUGUGUGUAAUAUUUAUUUUUAUAUAUAGUUACUGUGUGCUAUUAAAAACAGGUGCCAUUACAUCAUGGAAAACAUGGUUGAGCUACUGUAUUAUUUAUUGAUGGAUGAUUACAACAACAGGCGGUGAUUCAGGAUACAUGACAAAACAACCAAGCCUUUCCAGAGAAUUUCAACUAUUAUUGUCUGCUCUACAGGAUAUCAACCUGUUAAAAGAAUUAUAUUUUGCUAGGUCAAGGGUGAUGCUACACUGGGCCAGUAAUAAUAUUUUAUUAAAGUGAUUAAGACGUGGA